CUCGCAAUGACGAUAUCAAGCAAGUCUAGGAUCUCCCUGAUGUUUCUACCUUGUUGCCUGCUUGCCUUAUGUACCCCCAGUCUGGCAGAUCCCUUCGACCAGCUGACUGAGAAGAUGAGGAUCAUAGAGGACGUGGUCAGCGGCUUCACCGACAUGAACUCUACGGACAUGUUCAUUUUACCUUUUGAACCGCUGAGGUCCUACAACUUCCCUUGUCAGGUGGAGCCCCCUACCGGAGAGGUCCCUACCUCAGUCCACAAGCUGCGACCUUCAGAUGUCAAGGUCAUCGCUGCCUUGGGAGACUCGUUCACGGCGGGUAGGUCAGCCAAAUACGACAAUGUCAAGGCCAUCCUCCAUGAUUACAGAGGUGUUUCCUGGAGCAUCGGCGGGGACGAGAGUUACAGCACCCUCCCAACCUUACCAAAUAUACUGCGUAUGUACAACAGCGAUCUCCAUGGUUACUCGAAGGGUGUGGACAACCAACAUAUCGGAUACAACAUGGCUAUCUCAGGAGCAAGAACAUUUGACAUCAUCCAACAAGCUUACCUUCUGGUACAAAAGAUGCGAUUAGAUCCCUUAGUGGACAUCGAGAACGACUGGAAGGUUCUCACAAUUUUCAUUGGUGGGAACGAUCUGUUGGAUACUUGUCGUGUGAUCGCCAGCUCUACCGAGAUGUACGCCAACAACAUCAAGACGACCUUGGAGUACCUGCUGGUCAACCUGCCCCGGACCUUCGUCAACCUCGUCCAGCUGUUUAACGUCGAGCUUAUCCGGCAACUUCCUAGAGGUCCCAUCUGCAGCAUGAUCAUAAGGUCCAUCUGCUCCUGUGAGUCCGAGGACGAGAUGAGGAAGAUGAGCAGACGACGCGAAGACUUCCAGGCGGCGCUGCAGGGCAUCGUGGACUCGGGACGUUUCGACCGACGGGACGACUUCACGGUCGUCCUGCAGCCGUUUUUAUCUCGACACCCUGCUGCCCCGCAAGGUCAAGAACAGCAGUGAGGUCGACAUGUCGUAUUUCUCCAGCGAUUGUUUUCAUUACAGCAAGAAAGGUCACAUCACCGUGGCCAAAAGUUUGUGGAGGAACAUGCUGGAGCCUAUCCAAGACAAGUCGACGUCCAUUGACUGGUUCCAAGACACGGCAUGCCCUAGAGAGGACCACCCCUACCUGUACACAAGAAAGAACAGCCAGAAGCAGACGCAGUCCCACGUGAUGCAGCUGGAGGAGAAGGAGGUCUCCCUGGUGUGGCUGCCCGUCCUGGUCAUGUCAGCCCUGGGGGCGGUCGGGCUGGGCUGUCUGCUGUACGUCAAGAGACGACGUGACCAGGCCAGGUACCUGGAGCUCAAGUAGUGCGAGGGUUUUCACGUGAUAAUAUGGCGAGACGCGAUUACGGCAAUGUUGACUUGCCAAAUAAGAAAUGAUGCUGCCAAAUUUAAAAAAAAAGG